GAUAAUUCAAGUAUUGAAAAGAUAGCUAUCGUCUUGAUUUGUUUGACAUAGGUAAAGACCGAAAUCUACAGACCAGCUGCAUUUAGUUCAAGCAGCUUUAGCUGCACUAGUUAUGUAGACAACGAAGAUAGGUAAACGUUAAAUUGGCUGUCGAGGUGUUUUAAAGGCAAAAUUGCCUCUGCUCUCAAAAUGGCAUUUGUUGAUGGCGAAGAUAUUCAGAGUGACCUCUAGGUACUUACUGACCACCAGAAACGGAAUUAGCCUCGUUUCUGCCCCGCCCUGCAGCUGACCCCGCCAUCUCACGUCCUGCCAACAAGCCAACUCUCUCACUCUCAAGUCUUAUUUCUCACUCAACCUCCAAUAACCUCGACAAAUAAUCUAGUAAGUCCUUUUUCCAACCCUCAUACCAGCCUCACGACCCUUCAGACGAUCUUCGCAUAUUCUAAAGAAAUGAGCACAAGCUGACAGCAAUUCCGUACCCCGCAGCAGAACACUCAACAAAAACAAGGAAAUCUAACCAUCAUGUCUGCUUUCGACACCGCCGUCAUCGACUCGAAGAAGUUGACUUCCAAGCCCUCAAACGACGAUUUGCUACAGCUCUACGGUUAGUCUUGUCGUCUGCGCAAGGAGGACAAGUAGGAUGUCAUGGUUGCAGAGGGAUGCUGAUGGGUUGUCUCUGCACAGGACUGUUCAAGGUUGCGUCUGGAGAGGACAUCACGAAGUCUGAGCAGCCAGGUACCUUUGAUCUCAAGGGCAAGGCGAAGAAGCGCGCGUGGCAGAAGGUCGUCGACGAGGGUCUUACCAGCGAUGAGGCUAAGGAUAAGUACGUCGCACUCGUCGAGUCUUUCAAGGAGAAGUACGGAUAUGAUGCCGACAAGAACCCUGAGGCUGUUGGCUCGUAGAGAGGUUAUGGAAUGAAAGUCAAUACCUGAACUGAUGAUGGAUAUGAAAGGUGGUUUGAUACCUACCGUUAUGGUUGGAAGGAGAAGCAUACUACUAGUAAUAGUAGAGAUGAUUA